UGAUUUCCCGGCGAGCGAGCAGAGAGUGAUCAAUAAAUAAAUCAUUUAUACUAGGUCUCAGUCAACAUUCAGAUUUCGCAGCCUCUUAACGCGGUCCCCUGCUGCUUUUUUAAUCCACCUCGUCUUUUAUAAUUGCAAAGACAUGUCGACGACAGCUUUGGGGGUAAGUGUCCUUUUUAUGGUGGGAUGCUGUGCGAUCGCCCAGAUUGCUCGAGUGGUCAGCCGCCGAGUGGUGACCCGUGAGGGGCUGGUUCCGAUCCUGAUCAAUGAGGCAAUCGCCGCUGCCGAACUGUGCGCCUGCUGCUUUGAACUGAUCAUUGUGGCCGACAACUUUGGAGUGUCUAUGUACGCCGUCUGCCUGUUCCUGCUGACCAUCUGGUGGGGUCGCGUAUGGGGCGACGCCUCCGCCUGCCCGUACACCCACAUGGAGGACGUGGUCGAGGGUCGCACCAGCUUCAAGGAGAUGGCCCUGCGCAGCUGGGCCGAGCUGAUGGGCGGCUGCUGUGUGUACCGGGUGGUGCAGCUCUUCUGGUGGCUGGAGCUGGCCGAGACUCACCGCGGACGGGCCUUUGAGGCCUGCAACGCCGACCUGCAGGUCAGCCCAUAUUUGGGCGCGGUCAUAGAGGGCGUGGCCACGCUACUCUGCCGCCUGGCCUCGAAGACGAUCAGCGAAAAGGAGCCGCGGUUCGGGAGCUACAUUGAUUCCUUCAUCGGCACCAGUUUGGUGGUCGCAGCCUUUAACUUCUCCGGCGGAUACUUCAAUCCCGUCCUGGCCACGGCCCUCAAAUGGGGCUGUCGCGGACACAGCCACCUGGAACACAUCAUCGUUUACUGGAUUGGCGCAUGUGCCGGUGCCGUGCUCUCCAUUCCGGUUUUCAGGAUGCCCGCAGUGCGGCGCAUUCUACUCGGCGAAGAGGGCUCGAAGUCGAAACAGGAAUAAGACUAUUGGGAAGCUUUUGUAUUUCAAAUAUCUGUCAAUGCCUGGAAAGAUUAAGAACUCUGGGCAUGUCUGCUCGGGAGCAAAGUGUUACCCUGUUUGUUCCAUAGUCAUGGGCCCCGAGAGAUACCCGCUCACCCACAGGCCUUAGAAGACUUAUUUAUUUCAAAUCUGAAAUACUUAGUCAUAAUAGUAAAUUAUGUUGAGGCUAAAUUUGUUAGAAGGUUUGAUGGAAUUGAGUCGGAAAUAAAUUUAAUUACAUUUUUAAGUAUACUUCAUGUACUUCAAAUGAUUUAGACGACAAAGGCCGAUUUCGGCAAAGUAUAUUUUUAUACCCGUUACUCGUAGAGUAAGAGGGUAUACUAUAUUAGUUGGAAAGUAUGUAAUAGGAAGAAGGAAGCGUUUCCGACCCUAUAAAGUUUAUAUAUUCUUGAUCAGGAUCACUAGCCGAGUCGAUCUAGCCACGUCCGCCUGUCCAUCUGUCCGUCCGUCCGUAUGAACGCUGAGAUUUCGGAAACUAUAAAAUAUAGAAUGUUGGCAUGCAGAUUCUUGCUUUAAGCAGAAAUAACGCGAGGACUUGUCUAGCGCCUUCAUUUUUGAAAGUGUACAUGCCCCUGGUAUUUGAUAGUCGAUGGCAUCGACUGUAGCGUUCUCUCUUGUGUUAAUUUUGUUCAAUAAAAAUUGACCAAAUUAUAAAAAAUAAAUAGGUGCCAAGGGACCUGAGUGAUUUGAUUGAUUUUGAUUUUUAGAAAUUUGCCAGCGUACAGACUAUUUUUAAAAGAUUAAAAAAUAUAUAUAUUUUUAUUUUUAUUUUUAUUUUCAAGAAAAAUAUUUUUGAUUAAGGAUCAAAACUUCCUGAUUUUAAAUAAAAGCAAAAAGUGUCCCAAUAUGAACCCUCUCUUCAUUCAGAACACCGAACACUUUGUCUUUAAAGAAAACUUUUCCUGUUAUGUGUUAUUAGCUUCCUUUAGUUGUAAAUAUAACUCGUUAAAGUUUCACGAAAGUAAUUAAAUAAAUAAAAAAAGAACCUAUGUAUCAACAUA